GAGCAUUGUCUUUUGGGCGUCCAGCUUGCCAUACAAAAACAAAUAUGGCGUCUUCUGCGGAUGUCCACGUCCGAAUUUGUGGACAAGAAAUUAUUAAAUAUGACCUAGAAAUUAAGGCUCUCAUUCAGGACAUCAGGGAUUGUCCUGGACCUCAGUCAGCUCUCAUGGAUCUCAACUCUCAGGUCAAAGAGAAGUUCAACAAGCUCAGACUCAGGAUACAGGACCUGGAGCAGAUGGCCAGAGAGCAGGACAGAGAGUCGGAUGGACUGGCCAUCCAGGCAGAGACAGAGAGCCACCGAAGGCAAAUGCAGAGUAACCAGACCGCGUGGAGGAAAUCCAACCUGGCAUGUAAACUAGCCAUAGACAACACGGAGAAGGAUGAGCUGCUGCACAGAGGAGAAAACCAGAGCAUCAGACAGAGGAAGGUGACCAAAGAAAGCCUAGUGGAAACCAGUAGCAACAUCACAGAGAGUCUGAUGUCUAUCAGCAGGAUGAUGUCUGAGCAGGUGAAGCAGACCGAGGACACUAUCGGCACGCUGGUCACCUCCUCCAGGACAGUGCAGGAAACCAAUGAGGAGUUUAAAAACAUGACGGGAACCAUCCACCUGGGAAGGAAACUCAUCCUGAAGUACAACCGACGGGAGCUGACAGACAAGCUGCUCAUCUUCCUGGCUUUUGCCCUCUUCUUCGCCACCGUCCUCUACAUCCUCAAGAAACGUCUCUUCCCCUUCAUUUAG